CCACGACUCUCCCCCUCUCCUCCUCUCCCCCUCCUCUUCUACACCCUCACCGAUUUCACCUCCCAUAUAGAAUAGAUCGCAUCAUUCACCAUGUCCAAACCAAAGGUUCUCCUCCUGGGUAAAAUCAUCCACGCCCACCAAACAUGGAACUCCCUGUCCGAGCUCGCCGACCUCGUCACUCCCACAGCUACUAACCGCGCCGACUUCAUCCAAGAAUGCCGCUCCGGAAAGCUUGACGGCGUGGUAGCCGCCUACCGCACCUUCGACUCCGUCAGCGUAACGGGCCUCGUCGACGAAGAGAUCGUGAAUGCGCUGCCCACAUCGCUACAAUAUCUCGCGCACUGCGGAGCCGGCUACGACCAAGUGGACGUACACGCCUGCAGCGCGCGCAGUCCCCCCAUCCGCGUCUCCAACGUCCCCACAGCCGUCGAUGACGCCACCGCCGACGUCAACAUGUUCCUGAUCAUCGGUGCCCUGCGCAACUUCAACACAGGCAUGCAGGCCCUGCGCGACGGCAAGUGGCGCGGUGUGCCCGCGCCCAUCCUCGGCCACGAUCCGCAAGGCAAGGUGCUCGGUAUUCUGGGCAUGGGCGGCAUCGGACGGAACUUGAAGCGCAAGGCUGAGGUAUUCGGCAUGCGCGUUAUCUACCACAAUCGGCGGGAGUUGAGCGAGGAGAUGGCUGCGGGGGCGCAGUAUGUUUCGUUUGAGGAGUUGCUCAAGACGAGUGAUGUGAUUAGUUUGAAUUUGCCUUUAAAUAAAAACACCCGCCACAUUAUCAGCACCCCCCAAUUCGCACAGAUGAAAGACGGCGUCGUCAUCGUCAACACCGCGCGUGGGGCCGUCAUCGACGAAGCCGCUCUCGUCGCCGCCCUCGACAGCGGCAAGGUCUACUCCGCUGGUUUGGAUGUCUACGAGGAGGAGCCCAAGAUCCACCCGGGUCUGGUCAGCAAUCCGAAUGUGAUGCUUGUGCCGCAUAUGGGUACUUGGACGGUGGAGACCCAAACAGCCAUGGAAGAAUGGGCAAUGGAGAACGUGCGACUAGCGCUCGAGACAGGAAAGCUGAAGACUCCUGUCCCCGAGCAAGCAGACCUGUAAGGUCUUCUCUUCUCCCCCUUCCGCUUUCUCCCCCUUCGAUAUAGAAAUCUCCCGGUUCAUUGCCACUCCCAAUCCAAUCCCAAACAAACGAAACUAACCCCGUGUCUUCCCACUCCUAAUACAUUCAUACCCGUAUCCGUACAAUCAUACACAUACAGCCAGUCGAGGAAGAAUUCCAUUUCCCGACGCAGCUGUGCAUCAUAGAGUCAGAGUCAGUUCGAGAUUAUAGAGUGGGUGGCGGUGGUAUCCUAAGCUUGUAUAUAAUGUGCAGAAUUAGAAUUGUCGGUUCCAGAAUGGAAAAAGACAAUGAGAGAAGACAGAAUUUCG